AUGGGAAAGCACUUCCAGCUUGCAAGUGUUAAAGCCAUCUGUGCAUCUCUCGGUCCUGAUACAUCUCGAGCAAUGCCCCUGCUUCACUGCUUUACUGUUUGUGACACCACCUCCUGCUUCAAGGGCAAGGGAAAGAGGUCCGCUUGGGAAGCUUGGAGGUCGUAUCGUGAGGUUACAGAUGUGUUCCUUUAUCUUGCCUAUAAACCAUAUUACCACUUGGACAAGGAGGAGGAUUUCGGAAUUUUUGCUCAUAAUUUUCCUACUUCGGGUACGGUCGGUUACAGUGGUGUAGGAAUGUGUGACGCUUGAAAGAAAAGGCCCUAAAAGCGCAGGAUCUAAACCGCUUUUAAGACCUCAGAAACUAAAUUGCUAGAGUAACAACAUUCAACUACGUUUACUGUAAACUACUAUGCAUUAUUAAUGUACCUUAAAGCAGGUUUAUUCAUAUUUUAAAAAGAAAACGAAUUAAAAACCUGUUUUAACAUUUUUUCGCCUUCAGUGCAUGUUUAUCUCUAAUUUCAUUUCCUUUAAUAUUGUCAGAGUUUAAAAACCAUGGCGGAAUUCUACCUCUUUGCUAAAUUUACUGAUACAAUCCCCGGAAUUGAAGCGAAUUGAUUAAGAUUCGGUCUGGGUGCACCAUUGAGUGCCUGCGCAACUUGUUACCAUUAGGUUUCCCAAUACCCUUAUUGGUUUUGGACAGGGGACCGAGUCCUUGGACUGUUUAGUUGACAAUGUAUUUGGUCCAAUGUCGUCCUUCUAAUCUCGGUCCUUCUUUGCCAAAGGACUCGAGAGUCGAGUAGUAGGCUUGAUGUGCCUUGUGGUAUCGCUUUCAACUUGGUUUCGGUAUUUUAUAACUCAGUGUGCUUUGAAAUUGAAUGGUUGGGUGGCACAUUGCUUAUGAUUUUUGUGGCAAAGCAAGAACCUGUUGCACUGGAGCCCCGAAGGAGAUCAAUUUGUGAAUGAGUCAUGAUAUAGACAAACCAAUCUGAGGUUUUUUUCUGCUUCAUCGCUUCCCUUUUUUCUAAAGCUUUAGUUAAACAUAACAUAACGUUUAUGUAUACUUUGGCAUCAUGUAAUGAAUUAUGAUCAUGAGGCUUAAAAGAUUAAAAUAAUUCUUUUUGAAUAGGAGGGAAAGCACUCAGUUAGAAAGGCAUAUUGAGUUUUAUUGCUCAUCGUCCAUAGACGGACGUAGAUUUAAGAUUUUUUUAACGGCACUUCGAAAACAUGAAAUUUCCCUGUUGCCUAAUAGUAUUGUUUGCAUUCUCUAGGCUAACAAUUAUAGAACUCACCGGUCUGAAUCUUUGAAAUGGUGCUCGACAGGCGUAGUGUCAGUUUAUCUGCUGCUGCGCUCAACUUGCUUUUGUUUUCUUUGCGUUGCAAGAAUAUGCUUCGUUGAUCUGGUUACUCAGUCUUGUCAUGACAAAAAGUUGGCGGUAAAGCUUUAGCUGGUACCUGAGAAGUAGUCAUUCAACAUUACCAGACUGGCUUCUCUAGCGAUUUCCUCGAGCCUGCUGCAACUGUGUCUUCCAGCAGGCUUUCCCUCGAUUACGACCUAAAUUAUUUUUCAGUCUUAAAAGUCGCUGCUUUCUUGCGUUUGGCAUUCAUGGUCGUAGGUCAGCCUCAGUCUCCCGUGUUCUGUUCUUCGGUGCGAAGAGCAACACUCUGCAAGAAAUGUCUACCUUCUCCAGUCUUUGCAAAAUGAAUUAAGGUGACUACGCCUGUUAAGGAGGGCUCUUUUUCUGCGGGAAAAAAAAUUAAACCAUUUUAUCCCCAAUAUAUGUUUGACUUUAAGCCAACUCAAGUCAAGUUCAUAUUCACGGUAGUUCAAACUAAUAAAAACAUUUAAAAUUUUAUCAUAGGGAAAAUGUAUACGUGCUUUUGAAUUCUUAAGGUAUUAGCACAGUUUAUUUCCUGAUGAUGUGGCAUAUUUCAAUCUUAUUUGUCAGUUUUACUAAGAUGACAAAAAGCUAUAGUGCUUUCAUUUAAUUUGGUUGAAAGGUGCGUUUUUGUAAAUUUUGAAUAUGUGUGUGAAAGAAAUCAUGACAUGCUUUUAGAUCUGAAUAUAAUAAAAGAAUUAUAAAUUAAUAUUCAAAGUGAACAAAUAGACGACUUAUAAGAUUAAAACUCUAAUGAAUGGUAAGUUUUUUUUCAUUUAUUGGCUCAAAGAGGCUGUUUCAAAUUCUUUAAAAUUACGUAGCUUUGGUGUUUUUCUUUUCUGAUAUUGUCGAAAACUUUAAGUCUAAGUCGUACAAAAGGGGUAGCUCACUAUCUAUGUACAUAUCAAAUGUUAAAAAAAAGAAAGAAUAUUUCAUCUUGAUGAUAUCAGUAACUGCCAGAAUUAUUGGCCACAACCCACUGGUGAUAUCGUGUAGUAACAGAAAAAGUGAAAACUGGUUAAACCUAGGUGUAAAUAAAGGAAAGUAUGUGUGAAAUAAGGGAAGAUUAGCUCGGCCAAUAGAUCUCUCAAUGAACUGCAGAGCGACAAGUCGAGGGGUUCGAUACCCGCUGCGGUAGUGCAGGGUGGUCAAAUGUUAAUUCAUGGAAUGAGGUUACUGCCUUUGCUCGGCAAACAGCUGGUAGAUUCGAGGUUUGCUCUUCUCUUGGAUCUGAUGAUUACUCAGAAAUGACCGUGCGUCCAAUCGCAAAAACUACGCAUGUUCUCAGUUUAGCACUUAAGAGCUAAACGUAUUGGCUCUUAUUAAUGUAUACCUAUUUUUUCUACCAUAUUAUACGGGCUAAGUAUUCUAUGGGCCGCUGUUUCGUAAAGAGCGAUUAUUCUAAUGAGCCAAGUAUUUCCAGCCAAUUUAGCCGCGCGCUGUCUGUCGCUUUUGAUUGUUGUUUUGGAGAACUCCCUUUUCCCUUUCAGCCAAAAUAUCAGAUGGUACUUUUUUCUUAGCAAUAAUAAAGAGAUCCCCGACCUACUUAGUUGUAAUUUUUUGGUGAGAUAUUUUCUUUCAAUCGCAUUUGUUUCUGAUUUUUGUGUUGCCGGGGGUAACAAGAAUUGAUGUAGUUUAUUUAGCUGGCUUGACUGCCUUGAAGUUGGAUGAGCAGACUCUGAGUGGUUUCUUUUAUAAUAUUAACAGUCAGAACUAUUUUUAGUUUUCAAAAGGAUUGCGCUCGAUUACAUGACAGGUGCUAGACGGGUAGACGUUUUUCCUUUUUAACAAAUAUAAAUGCUUCUUAUGAAUAAAGACAAUCAAAUGAGUUUGUUUUAGAGGGUGUCACUCAACAAGCAAGGUAUCUCGCACCUUCGUUAGAACUGGGGUAUGAUUUGGACUGCAAAAUCCAGAGUAGCUAACACAUAUUCAAACCCACUCGAGUGCCCCACCCUCUAAUUUGGGGAUAAAAACUGAUAUUUUUGAUAAAUGAAAGAGACGUAGUCUUGCACUUUCAUGCUUUCACCUGAUUUCAAAGUUGGAGGGUGAAAGAAGAUAUAUUGAGGAGGGUACAUAUGUGCCCUUUUCAUUUAGCUAUAAAUUUCUUAACUAACAAAUAUGCUUUAUUUCAUAUAUCAUUAACAAAAACCAAAAUAUCUGCACAUCUGGAGAGGGUUGAAAGUGAGCAUCAAAAUUAGAAUAAUAUUAAUAAAUACUAAUAGCCUUUAUUACCAAAAGAUAAAAGGACAUAUCUUUUGUUACAUUCUCGUUGCCUAUACACUCAAUAAAAAUCUACCCUAAAAAUUAAACUAGUUAACAAAUGGAUGAUAGAAUACUACGUAGAAACUACCUUGUCUUGUGUUUAGAAAUCAGUCUAUUUACAUAAGAUGUCAUAAACUGUUCGGUAUGAAUGGCACAAAGGAAUUAAAAACAACAUGUCAUUGCUAUUUUUUAACGUCAAUUCAUAGAUAUUUAUGCCCUCUUAACAUUACCUCGCCAACUUUCAAAUCAAUAUCGGCAAUAUAAAUGGAACAUUGACUGUGCAAACUCGUUAAGGUAUCGAUUAUUUCCGACUUAUUUCUGGCCAAUGAGAUACAAUCGGAGCCGGGUUCGAAUCGGAGCAGGUUCGGAAUAGGUUCGAAAUAAGGUUCGGAUGGAUAAUGCAUAUGGAUUAUGGAUAAUGCAGCUGGCAAGAAACACAGUUGUUUGUUACUGUGAUGCAUUACUGUAUUGCAGUUGCUUUGGGUGCAGCAGCAGCAACAAGACUAACGAACAAGGUAAUAAUAUAGUUCAUCUUACUUCUAAAUCUAGCUGAAAUUUAGCUUACAAGCGUAUUUUAUCGCGCAAACUGAUGGAUGCUGAUGGUCCUGGGCCUUUACUCUCCAUUUCAAGGACACACCUUAUGUACUGCGCAAUUCAACAUGAACGUACCUAAAUAUCUUUAAAUGGUCAGAAUGUAGGUAUCCCUUAAGAAAAAAAAAACCUUGUCACUAUAACGAUGUAACCGGGAAGAAUAACUACUUAUAGUGUUUGCCAGCACAACAUUUUUGCUCUCAGAUCAGUGUUUCCCAGUUGAAUCAAGUUGGAAUCAAGACAGUAUCUGCCCCUGUUUUGCCGUUGCAAAGCUACCGCUAAGUGAUCGCACUUUGAGGUUACGUUGUCUUAGUUUGCGUAGGGGGCUUAGUGACAUGGGUAACUGCUGA